UACACGGAAAAUGAAAACUUCAUCUGGGCCGUGUCCAGCUCGACCUCCCUCUAUCUCGUCUUCGCCAAGGCGGAGACGUUCCCGCUGACCUACGGCCGCUUCGAGGGCCUGUCCGUGCCCAUCCCCAAAUACACGGAUCGGAUCCUCAAGGUUCGCUAUGACUAUGAGAUAUGCCAGUCGCGUGGCAUGGACCACAAGAGCGAUCUCGUGCUGCCGUGGUCUUCCGUGACUCGACUG